GUGUGUGUGUGUGUGUGUGUGUGUGUGUGUGUGAGCAUUUCCACGUGUUUGCGUAUGUGUUUUGAAUGAUGUAGUGGAUGUGCGUGAACCUCUGGUUUGGUUUAAUUCCUUGUGGUUUGGAACAGCGAGCUGCUACAGUGAGUCACCGCUUCCAGCAACGGCAGAGCGUACCCUGCACAUCAAAUUCUGUUAUAGAAGACUGCAGAAGACUUGCAGAACACACACACACACGCACACACACACACAAACAAACUGAGGAUCCUCCCAAAUUCUAAUGCAUUUAUUUUUUUUAUAAUUCUGUCCACCAUGUGUCUGUUUUUCAUCAGCUAGUAUCUUGAUCUUUCAUCUGUGUGCACUCUAUCUUCUUCUCUCUUCCCCCAAAUUCCCUUUUCAUGGAUUUACUGAGUUGCACAGCACUCCUUGUUUGACUGUUUUUUGCACCUGGCUUCUCCUUCUCCAUGUAUCCAUCCUUUCUGUGAACCCUUCUCAUUAUGGCCUGGCCAUUUCAAGUUAAAUAUUGACAGGCCUAUUUAUCUUCCCGCUGUGCCGGGCUGAUUCAAAUAUUGACAUCAUCUUGGUGUGUCUACACACGAGGCUAGGGCUUUGUGAAGUCUCAGGGGUGGAGAGAAGGACUGAAAGAGAAAAAGGGGUUAAAAAAAAAAGAGUCAAGAGGGCAUGGUUUGGAAAAUUAUGGAGAGCGAGAACAUCUUUCAGGAAUAUCAUCUGGCCUCAAAUGCUUUUGGUUGAGUUGUCUAACCACACACAGAGACACACACACACACACACACACACACACACACACACACACACACACACACACACACACACACGUACACAUGCACACUGUGGAGCAGCCUGGAGAUGAUUAGCUAUGUUUAGGAAGUGAUCUGUUCUGUAUUUGGGACUUCAGAGCUUGACCUGGAAUCACAUCAGUUUCACUUCUAACUAACCUGAACAGCUGGAAGUUGUUGAAUAUGUCCAUACAGCAUAACAGCAGAUUUGCAAUGAUGACAAUAGAACUCAUCGUACGCCAAUAACAACAGUUACAAACAAGCAGUAUAACUACAGGCUUUCUUCUUCUUAGAAGAGAGUUAGUUAGAGAGACUGCCCUUAAGGCUAACUGAGGCUUGGGGGAGAAUUUAAAAAGCUUUUCCUUUUCUUGCUUGCUUUACUCCCUCCCAGAAUCUUCCAUUUUUUUAUGUAGCCAGUCUGUCUGUCUGGUUUACCCCCAUACUAUUCUCUGCCCCUUCUCCACUGUUGCUUUGUCUCAAGUCAAAUUAAUUAAUUGCAGCAUGAAUUGGUUUGUCAUUAUAAUCUAAGCAAGCCACCAGGUUUUUUAAGUCAGUAGCUAUUGUCCAGCUGUUUUGGGGUUACACUGGUCCAAGGUAUUUCAUAGAAAAGAGAGAGAAAAUAAUAGGUAGACAAAGAAAAGCUGAGGGGGCGUCCACCAAAUACCUCACUGUCUAAUAGCUCUUGAACCUACCAAAUCUAGAUUAGGGUGAUGGCUUAUUACACUGUUAGUUUACAUAUGGUUUUAACUACUCAAAAAUUGUGUUUUUUUCUCUUUCAUUUGGCGUUUUAAAUAUCUCAACCUUCAACGUUGCUAUUAAAUUCCUCGACAGUAUGUUAAAUAGUCUGCUCUCGUAAAUCUUGAACCUGUUACCCCUUUUUACCGCGAGUUGGUACAGUCCCGUACUCAGACUCGUGGAUGGUAAAUCAGUGAACUUUCUUACACACGCAGUCAAGACGGGUGAGGAGGCGGCUCGCUGGCGAGAGAUAGAGAGAGAUACAACAACACAGGCACCGCCAGGACUCUAGCUAGACUGCGUUUUACUUUUAUAGAAAAAAAAAGUGAAUUUAAGGUCCGGUCAUUAUCAUUUGUUAGACGUUGAAAGAAAACAACGACAAUAAACAGCUGUUAUUGUCGUGAAACGUGCUCACUGAAUGGGACUCAAAAGGUUAUUCCCUGUGUCUGGGUAAGUCCUAUUUCUUCCGGUUCAACCAUCCCGAGGAGGCAAGCAGAAUGAAGAGCAUGCUUCCACAAAAGAGCCCUGUGUCAGCUUUAGCCUACAACACAGACUACUUGAAGUUUAGCAGUGACUAUAGCCAUGCGGUGGUGGGCGGCACCAACAGUGCUCGGGGGAUGCGAUCGGCGUCUGAGCUCCGGGACUUGAUGGACACCCUGCAGCGCAAGAAGAUCGCCCUGGAGAACAGCCUGAGAGCCAACGGGAAUGCGAACCCCUCCUACUUCAGCGUCACACAGUCUCCCCCCACCACACCUACCACGAGUCCUGCCACGUCCUCAUCAGCCUAUCAGGACCAGGCGAGGCGGUUCUACGGCUCGGAUCGUGCACCAAUGUCUUUGAAAUCGGCUCCCUCUUUUUCUCCCGGGCGACGGUCCGACCCUUCUUCUUCUUCUUCUUCUCUGGCCUCCCGCACCUCGGGCAGUCGCCACCAGGACAACCUCGGCAUAAGCGACGGCCGACGGCUGCACAACCCGGGCUCCUCUUCUUCUUUACUGUCCACAUGGAACGGCGGAGGCUCCUCCACCUCUGUUGACGGUAGCAACAGCUUCCUCCUCUCUCUUCCGCCCCCCUCCUCCUCCUCAUCCCGCGCUCCAUCAACAGGAGGUGCAGCCAGCAUGCCCUCGAGCCCCCGUCUUGGCCGCCGUAGCUACGGCAGCAAAGAGCCAGCGCCCAGCAGUAGAACCCGGAAAUACUCGGCAGGCUCGCUGAAUGGGAUGAUAUUAGGAGACCACAGUCGCUCGCUGCCACGCCUCUGCCCCUCCCAAUCUCCCCGUGACAACAACAACGGAGCCCCGACCUUGUCAACGCUGCCCCCGCGGCGAUCCGAUGUCGCCGGCGGUUACAAAUUUAGCAAAGACCAUUACAACAGCAGUCAGAAUGCCAGCCCUGACAUCAACCACAACUCCAGUAAAUCAAGCCAGCUUUCCUCCAACAGGCAUCACAUUCAGAGCGCAAAUCAGGGAGAAAGUGUAGUGUCUAUCUCCCUCUCCUCCCCCAAGAACCUGCCCUCCACUACUGCCACCGUCUCUUCCAUACCCACUCCCCCCGAUGUGACCAUCCCAUCCAGGACAGGGGGCUCCUCUUCUCCUCGUGUGGCCAAAAAGCUCAGCCUGACUUCCACUAGCUCUGUGGGCUCCUUAGGCUCCACUAGUUCCAGCCCUCCAGAACUGGAACGGCUGACAAGCCGUGGAUCAUCCGCAGGAGUGGGCCUGUCUUUGGGGGAGAGGGAGAGGCGAGGGGUGGACCUAGACUUCACUGGUUCCCUGGGGUUCGGACUUGGAGAGAGGGGGUCUUCAUUUGGGAAGGCAGGCCUGGAAGCUGGGAUGGGGCUGGGGGAGAGGAGGCAGUCAUUCGGAAAGGCAGGAGUGACCCCACCAGGGGGUUUCAGGGAAAGAAGGGGGAGCAUCAGCUCACUGAGCGGGAAGGAGGAACUGACCGACUACCAUCAGCACCAAAAAGACGAGAGACUCCGUGAGCAGGAGGUGGAAAGACUGGAGCGACAGCGGCUAGAGACCAUCCUGUCUCUGUGUUCGGAGCUGGGCCGGUCUGCCAGAGAUGGAGGAGGCGCCGCUACAAGUUCCACUUCAGCUGUGUCGGAUCUCCAGAAGAUCAACCAGGAGCUCGAGAAGCUUCAACUCGACGACGACGACGAUGACGACGCACCAUCGGUGUUUUCAGACUCUUCAGCCACUAACGGAACAACGAGGAACGGACACAUGGCCUCCCUUGGAUCAGAGAACGGUUACUAUGAUGAUGACCUACAGGUACGACGGAGGCGCAGCAGCGGCCACCGAGACAACAGGGCAGAGUCCCCCGCCGUCAGCCUGCGAAGCUUCGCCCCUUCAGCUUCUCCACGUGCACAGAGGACCAAUGAGGCUCUAGAUGUAGCCGCUCGUCGGCGCGGACAGGAAGUGAGGCCUUCAGAGGAGGAAGUGAGGCGCGUGGAAGAGGAGAGGAUCCAGGUGCUGAACAACAUGGAGGAGCUGGAGCAAAAGAUCAAAGAGCUGGACAACCAAAUGGAUGAAUCUGCCCAAGAGGUGGAGCUUGAGCGAGCGCUGGUGGAGGCUGAGCAGGAGUCGGAGGUCGCUGCUCUCCAGCAGGAGAAAGAGGCUCUGGAAGCACUUCACAACAAAAUGGCUGACCUGGAGACCAAGUCCCAGCAGGAAAAAGAUAAGGACUGUGAGGUGCUCGAUGCAGAGUCGAAGCGUUUUGAGGACCUGGAGUUUCAGCAACUGGAGAGAGAGAGCAGGCAGGACGAGGAGAAGGAGACCCAUACGCAACAGCUUCUCCGGGACAUCGCAGACUACCAGCGGAGCACUGUCACUCGCAAGGAACGACUGUUAACUCUGAAGAAGCAGGCAACACAGAUUACCCAGCAGGCUCAGCGAGAGAAGGAGAGCUUCUUGAAGGAGAGGAGCACACUCGAAGCAAUGCUGCAAAGGGAGAAAGAAAACCUCAUCAUGCUGGAAAGAAAAUACGCUGACCUCACUGGUGGCCGAGGUUUCACUCUCAGGGAGGAAACAGCCUCUCUGGCUGAUGUGUGUCAGUCUUUUAGUGAUCGCUGCCGUGACACCACCUCUGCCGCAAUUUCUCCUCCUCCAGUCAACUUGUGCGCCCUCGCAUCCCUCCUCUCCUCUAUUUCUCUCAAGAAUGCAGAGGGCUAUGUCACAGUCAGUGAAAUCAAUAAGCUUUACUCACAGCUUGGGGCGGACCCUAAACCCGCCCUUGCCCCCACUCUGGCCAAUGCCUUUCCUGAGUCCGAGGCAAACUCCUCCCCUGACGACGACACCCCCAAACCACCGGAGGAUGAGCAUUUCCGUUUGCUGGAAGAGAGGAAGAGGUCUGACAGAGAAGGCGGUUCCCAUCUAAGUGACACAUUACCCAGGAAGAAAACCGCCCCCACCAUGACCCCCCAGUAUAUGUGUGCAACACUGGGACGCAGCUUCCCAACCAAGGCCCAUCAUCCCCUGGUACAGAGCACAAGUUGUGGCAGCAUUCUCCCAAGUAUUUUCUCUAUAUCCAACAAGGACACUGAAUCUCUCCGUCUGCAUAAAGGUCAGCCCGGCUCACGAGCAGCAUCCCAGAACAACGUCUACCUCGAUGCCUUUGGGUACCGCAACAACCAGGCCUUUGACACAAUGAGCGUGGAUAGCACGGACUCCAUUGAAACCAGCAUCUCUGCUUGUUCACCUGAUAAUGUCUCCAGUGCCAGUACUUCAAAUAUGGCUAAGCUAGAGGAGAUGGAGCGUCUGCUGAGAGAAGCCCAGGCAGAGAAGAGCCGCCUAAUAGAAUACAAGGAGCAAGAGAUGGAAGUGCGAAAGCAGGCGCUGGAUGAGGAGAGGAAAAGACGGGAGGACCUGGAGAAACGACUACAGGAGGAGACCAGCAGACGCCAGAAACUCAUCGACCGGGAGGUGAAACUGAGAGAAAAACAGAGGGCACAGUCCCGGCCGCUAACACGGUACCUGCCGGUGCGAAAGGACGACUUUGACCUGCGAGCUCACAUUGAGUCGGCGGGCCACAGCACCGACACAUGCUUCCACUUAUCCAUCUCUGAAAAGACGUGCCGGGGCUACUUGAUCAAAAUGGGAGGCAAAAUCAAAACCUGGAAGAAGCGCUGGUUCGUCUUUGACCGCAACCGACGCACGCUCUCCUACUACUCAGACAAGCAUGAAGCCAAGCUUAAAGGAGUCAUCUACUUCCAAGCUAUUGAAGAAGUGUAUUACGACCACUUGAAGAAUGCACAUAAGAGCCCAAAUCCCUCCCUGACCUUCAGUGUGAAGACUCAUGACAGAGUCUACUACAUGGUGGCUCCCUCUCCGGAGGCCAUGAGGAUCUGGAUGGAUGUGAUCGUCACCGGCGCUGAGGGUUACACCCAGUUCAUGGUGUAGUGAAGGAGCGGGACAGGCCAAUGGGCUGUGACUAAGUUUUCUAUUCCCUGUUUUAAUUUUCGGAUGGACGUUAUUCUCAUCUUUGUUGAAGAGUGAACACGGUUUCUGUUGUGUAGAGACAGCAGCCCCCGAGUUACUCAAGAUCAUUUUUGCUGCGUUUUAUCCGCCUCAUUUGCAAGAUGGGCAGAGUUUGUAAUAAUAUCUGGAGCAUUCAUGUGAAAUUGUGGGCAGAUACAAGAUAAUAAUUUGAACAAUUCUUAUGCAAUCCCAGAUACGUUCUAAGCUUCAAGAGAUCUAAAACGUGCUCUGGUGCACCGAUGUGCCUUGGAGUGAGUUCAGGUGUACCUCAAGGUGUCGCCUAAGUGUAAAGGACAUAUACGUUGAAUAUAUAUUUGAUAUGAGCUUUUUACAACCCUUUUUCUUCAGAGAAGAGCAGACUGUGACUCAGCAGCUCCCUUUUUAGCUAGAUGAAGCUUUUUACAAAAAGAUUUUUAAUGUGGAGAUACUAUUGGAUACAGUGAUGCUGAGUCAGCCAGUUUGAGCUCUAUGGUAUGUCAUUAUCAACAUCAACUAGGAAUACAUAACAGUAGUUGUGUUAGGAAACGCUGAGUGCCAUACAAAGCCUGAACAAUUUGAACACGUCACGGAAGAGCUUGUAAUCUAUUUUGAGAUGGGUUUGAAGUGUGUUCUGAUCAUUUUAAACAAUUUUUCUGUGUACAGAAUAAAUAAUGCAUUAUUCAUUUAGUAAAAGUUGAGGAAAUGUAUUUAAAUUUUCAACGUUUUUCCAUCUAAUUUCAUGCAUCUUUACUGUGGCAUUCUCAGGUCUUAACUGUGUGCAUCACAUGACCAUUAUGUGAAUUUAUACACACGCGUGUGCUUAGAAGUGCCUGUUUUGCGUGCACAUCUAUUUACUGCCAGCUUCUAAUGUAGCGCCACGGUGCUAUUACUUACAUGGUGUAUAACACUAAUAAUCCAAGCCGCACCAUCACAUCAAAUAUUUCAAUUGGAAUGUAACUAUGCACUCAAUGGUGAUUGUCAGUCUUUUGUUUUUUGAAUGGAUUGCUGUGCCGGGGUUUAGAAUAGUGUCACCACAGGCUCAGCAAUGAAGCUCUAUGGAAACAUGGUGAGGAUCAAGCUUGUUGUUUUCUGAUGUAAGGAGUUGGUUAAAUGAGCAUGAAGAAUAAUGACUGUUAUUGAGGCACAACAUUGUGGUAAUUGUACAUUUUGCUUCUAGGUUGUAGUUGGAUGACGAUAGUGAGGACUUGAUCCAUUAUCAACUCAGAACUUCUCAAAAAAGUUUGUGGCUUUUUUUUAUGCGACAGUAUUUUUGACAUGCGUAUUAUCUAUAUUUUUAAAAGCUACAUGUAUCUAUAUAUACAACGUCGAACUGUCUCCGGUGAGGAAAAUAUACCGAUGUGGAAGCACGUAGGUGGUCGGGAAGAAAGAAUCCAUGGUACACACACUUACGAGGCGUUUAGUCACCCAAACUGACUGAUCAUCGUGCUGCUAUGGUCCACUAGCUUUCAUUGCUUUGCUUUUAUUACCACUAAUUCAAUGGUUUUAGUUAAAGUGACUAUUCCACAUUGAUCACCAAAGCUGCUUUUACAUUUCACAGCAUACUCCAUACUCCGUCUGAAUGACUCAGUCCACUGAUGGAUGCAUUUAUCAUCUUGCCUCUUGGCAUAGCUUUUUGUUUAUCGACCAAAGUACAUGUUCAUGUGGUUUAAUGUAUAUGUGGUUACUUUGCUUUGACUUCUCUUUGUUCAGUACAAUACGAUCAAAUAUGUUUUCACAUGACAAGCACAUGGUUGUUCUCCACCAACUAGAGGAACUGUUACAGUGGAAGCUUCCAUGAGCUGCUUUUUGGGUUUUUUGUACAAGUAAUUUGUAUGUUGAUCCUACUGUAUUUAUACCAAUGCAUGUUUCUUAAUUUUUUUUAUUUCCAUAUGAAUAAUAAAAAUUAUAUAUUUUACCUUUUUUAAUGAUUUUUAAGAAGUUAUGCCCAGUGUGUCCCCGAAAUAAACUACAAGGACACUUUUUUGCAGGGAUGAAAAUAUGGCUUUGACAACUGGGGCGACUGUGGCUCAGUGGUGGAGCAGAGUCGUCCUUCCAUCCUCCUAUGAAUGGUUAGUUAGAAUCCUGAUGGGCAGGUGGCACCUUGCAUGGUCGAACCACAAACCUCCAUGUGAGGUGCGUGUUGCAUUUUAAAGGGGCAGUUCACCCCGAAUCAAAAAUGCAUAUUUUUCCACUCAGCUGUAGUGCUAUUUAUCAACCAAGAUUGUCACGAUCGCAAGCUUCUCGUCCAUGUGUAAGCGACCCAAUUCAAAUGUCCACCCUAUAGACCACAAUGCAAUUUAAUUCAAAUGUUUACCGGAACUGGCCCUGUAGUUUCAGAUUGGACAAAUUGGCCUAGUAAAGACGAGAGGAAGCUCAACACAUUGUCCACAUCAACCACCGAGUUGAUCAGGAUGUCCUGGGAAAGUCUCUGAGAUGAUGCUUCAGAUCAAUAGACGGCACCAUUCUCUGGCAUGCUGAACUGUGUGUUAGCCUUUGAUUCCUCCAAAGGUCAGGGCGUGGUCCUUUACUGUGAGUAGUUCAUCCAAUCCAGUUCAUCCAGUUCUUGCCUGACUGAAACACAGCUUCAGAAAUUCAUUCUCAGAAAGCAGCCAUUUUGGGAUAUUGAUUAGAAUUCCACCUCAACGGCGAGGGCAUUGCCCUUGGCAAUGACUCACAAUUGAUAUUGAGCCCGUGUUUGACCCUGAAAUGUGCUCAUCACAGCUGAAAGACCUGACAGACCUGC